GAGCCUUGAAUCAAGGAACAUUUUUGGCUGAUGGACACAUGUUGGCUACACUUGUUGUGCAAGGUGGAGAAUUGCCACGAAUAUUUAGCAAAUCUGUUUGCCAAUAUAUUGAGGCAGGGUUUGGCAGCUGUACACCAGAUAUAGACGAGCUACCUGACAAGAACAUUAGAGAUUCUCUUUUAAAGCUGAAAGCUGCAAAGGAUCAAGGGGGUGUUGAUUCUUUUUUGGCUGAGAGUGAGUGGAGAUAUGACAUUGAUGGAUUGUCCCAAACCCUCCUAAUUAAAGAUAAGCUGAUGUUCAUUGAGGAGGUCACCAAAUACUUCAUCAUCAUAAAAUGCAAACCAAUGCUUGAUCAGCUCAUUGAAGGCCUCAAUUAUUAUGAUGUUUUGCAACUGGUCCGUGCUAAUAAAGGAAUGGCAAACUAUUUAUUCCAGUACAAUCCAGAGAAAAGAUGGAUGGCAGCAAGCUGA